CACAGCAAGCUCUCGGCGUCCUAGAGAGAGCAGCCCACGAGACUAGCCAGGGCAGGGAGAGAGAGAGAGAGAGAGAGAGAAAGAGAGAGAGAGCAGCAGCAGCCUGCUGCAAAAACACACACACAGAGAGGAAAUGGCUGCUAGAAGAAUACUGGCCGUCCUGUGCCUCCUCUCCAUCCUCUCAGGAAGUGUCCGGUGUGCUGUCUGGGACCAACGGAACACAGUGCUCAAAGUAUGCUCCAGAGGAAACUUCCUGAGCGAGCGAGGGGACUGCUUGCCGUGCAACUGCAGAGGCCAUGCGGACAGCUGUGAAGAUAUCACCGGAAUCUGCAUAUCCUGUAAAGACCACUCCACUGGCGACUUCUGCGAAAGCUGUGAGGAUGGAUUCGCUCCAGAGAUCACGCGCGACGGGCGUCACUUGUGCCGCGCCUGUGCCUGCCCUCUCCCAAUGCCCUCCAACAACUUCGCCGAGUACUGUGACCGGAGGGGGAGUUUUCUGCGCUGCGUGUGCCAACCAGGCUACGCUGGAAACAGUUGUGAGAGAUGUGCGCCAGGUUACUAUGGGAACCCUAUGAAGGUUGGAGACUCUUGCCAGAAGUGCGACUGCAAUGGAAACUCUGACCCCAACCUGAUCUUCAACGAAUGCAGCAACGUCACGGGCCAGUGUCUCAACUGCUGGGGAAACACGGCCGGUGCCAACUGCGAGAGGUGUGCGCCCGGCUUCUACGGGGACGCCGUCAACGCCAAGGACUGCAGGGAGUGUCAGUGUAACAAGUGUGGCACGGCCUCGUGUGAUGACCGCACGGGUGUGUGCCACUGCAGGCCUGGUGUCGUCGGCCGGCUGUGUGACCAGUGUGAGGAGGGCCACUCAGGCUUCUCCAGCUGUCUGGGUUGUCGGCGUUGUGAGUGCGCUCUGGCUGCCCACAAGCCCACGUGCCACCCUCUCACCCACAGCUGCAAGUGCCGUCCUGGAGCUGGAGGCCGAUACUGCGAGCGCUGCCUGCCAGGCCACUGGGAUUACAGCACCUCAGGCUGCAAGAAGUGUGACUGCACCAGCGGCCACUGUGACAUGGACACGGGAGAGUGUCUGCCCGAAGCCUCGCAGGUCAGCGAGUGCAACAUCGACUGUGAUGAGUGCAUCUGGCACCUGAUCGGAGACCUCCGGCAGUCCAACAAGACCCUGGACCAGCUGAAGGUCAGCGUGCUGAACAUCUCCACUGGGGCGGCGGCCAACGACCGCCUCAAGUACUACAACUACACGGCCCAGCGGCUGCAGAUGCAGUUUGUUGGCUGGAGAAAUAAGUCGGCCCUGAUGAGAUCCCAGACGGAUGAGCUGGAGGAGGCCACAGUAGACCUGGUGGAAGAUGCACUACCUUUUUCAGAGCGAGGGAGCUCAGUCAAGGCCCUGGGAGAGAGUGUGGAGGAGGACACCCAGCGCAGCCUCAGCCUGGCCGACGAGCUCACCACGAACCUCACCGCACUCAACGUGCUCAUAGAAGAGAUGAUCAGUGACUGGGAGCAGUACAGUGAGCAGCAGGAGGUGGACCCUGAGACGGCCCGGCGCAACACCCUGCAGGCCGAGCGAAUGGUCAGCCAGAUGAGGACGAUUGACCUGUCCCCGAAGACGCCCUUAGCAACAGACGAGACCGCUGAAGCCCAUGACUUGCACCGGCGUGUGAAGCAGCUGGAGAAGCGUCUGAUGUCCACUGAGGGCCGCGUGGCCCCCGUGAGGGAGGCCGUCUCGCGCUUCAGCUCCAGACUUUCCCAGGCCGAGGAGCUGCUGGCACAAGCUCAGACCACGAACACACAGACCAGGCAGAGGCACCAGGCCAACGUGCUGAAGCUCCAGAGGAACAAGGCGCAGCAGCAGAGGCUGAGGGAGAACUACGAGGCUGUGAACGAGACCCUCAGCAUGGCAGAGGACAUCAUCAGUGAGGCAGAGAUGGGUGUGAACGAUCUGGACACCAUGGUGAAGAACGUUAGUCAGUACCAUGCCUCCGUUGAUGGGGCCAGCACACUGCUGAUGGACAAAACAGAGAGCCUGUCCCUAGCCGACAGGGACCUGGUGCAGAAAGCCACCGAGCACGCUGAAGAGCUCGAGAGACAAGCUGAGCAACUGGAGCGUAAUCUCAAAGGGAGUGAUGCAAACGGGUUUGUCCAGAAAGCUAUAAAUGCAGCCAAUGUAUAUGACAAUAUUAUCAAAUACAUUGAUGAUGCAAACAUAACAGGACUGACAACCCUGGACUUGGCUACGCGCGCUGAAGAUGCCAUCGAUGGGGUUGGUACACAGCUUGAUUUUCUGAAGACACAGAGUGAUCUCUACUUUAAAGAGGCUGUCUCCCUGCGCUCUGAGGAAUACGAGGUGAAAAACUUGGUCCGCGACACACUGACUUACAUUGAGGAGACAAAUGAGACCCUGACUAACUCACACGGGAGGCUCGUUGCUAUAAUGGAUGACCUCAAUGCAUUGCAAAAAGACCGUACGAGCACCCGGCUGGAGUUCUCCCAGGAGGUGGCUAAGAACACCCUGAACCGCUCAGCAGAGGUCCUGGACACCAUCACCCCCAUCAGUCAGCAGGUGCAGGAGUGGUCCAACAACCUGCACAACAACGAGUACUCAGCAGAAGCCUUCGACCGUGCUGUAGUCCAAGCUGGAGAAGCGGUGGAGAACCUGUCGGAGAUUGUUCCGGAGCUUCUGGAUAAACUUCGCGUGGUGGAGGAGAAGAAACCUGUCAACAAUGUCUCAACCAACAUCAUGAAGAUCAGAGAGCUCAUCGCCCAGGCCAGGAGUGUGGCCAAGAAGGUCCAAAUCUCCAUGAAGUUCAAUGGCCAGUCGUCUGUGGAGGUGCAGCCUCAUCCCAAUGUGGAGGAGCUGAAGGCCGUCACCACCAUCAGCCUGUUCAUGCGCGUGGACCCCGACAAGGACCCCAUCGAGGACCGUUUCAUCCUCUACCUCGGAGACAAAAAUGGGCAGAAGGACUACAUGGGUCUGGCCAUCAAGAAUGACAAUCUUGUGUACGUCUACAACCUGGGGAAGGAGGAUGUGGAGAUCCCACUGAGCUCCAAACCCGUCAGCUCCUGGCCUCCCGUUUUCAACCUCAUCAGACUGGAGAGGCUGGGUCGCCAUGGGAAGAUCUUCUUGACCGUGCCCAGUCAAAGCACCACAGCUGAGCAGAAGUUCAUCCAGAAGGGCGAGGCUUUUGGGGCCGACUCCCUGUUUGACCUGGACCCCGCAGACACAGUCUUCUUUGUAGGAGGCGUCCCUCCCAGUGUUAAGCUCCCUCCACCCCUAAGCCUUGCACCAUUUGUGGGAUGUCUAGAAUUGGCGUCUUUGAAUAACGAUGUCAUAAGCCUGUACAACUUCAAAGAACUCCAUAAAAUGGAUGUGGUAGCUUCACCACCUUGUGCCAGGAACAAACUGGCAUUCUCUCAGAGCCGAGUGGCCAGCUAUCUGUUUGACGGCACUGGCUAUGCCCUGGUCAGCGAUAUCGAGAGGAGGGGUCGAAUUAGCAUCGUCACCAGGUUUGAUGUUGAAGUCCGAACUGUAGCCAACGACGGCAUCUUGCUUCUGAUGGUCAAUGGGUCGAAUUACUUCUUGCUGGGACUGAAAGAUGGGUACCUCCAUCUCAAAUAUGAUUUCAACUUUGCCGGGGGACCAAUUGUCAUGGACAGCAAGUUACCUAAACUUCAGAUCAACGACGCACGGAACCAUGAGGUGUCUGUAAUCUACCACCAUUCGAAAAAGAUCAUUCUGCUGGUGGACAGGAGUCAUGUGAAAUCCAUGGAGAAUGAGAAAAAAGCCUUGCCCUUCUCCGAUAUCUACAUCGGAGGCGGUCCCUCCAGCAUUCUCAACUCCAGGCCGGAGCUCUCCUCAUUACAGGGCCUGAGAGGCUGUGUCAGAGGCUUCCAGUUCCAGAAGAAGGACUUCAAUCUUCUUGAGGAACCUGGAACCAUUGGCAUCAGCAGUGGCUGUUCAGAAGAGUCCUUUAUGUCUCGCCGAGCAUACUUCACUGGAGAGGGCUACCUGGGAUCCACAGCCAAGAUUACGCCUUUUGAGGCCUUUGAGGGGGGUUUCAACUUCCGGACAGAACAAUCUGCUGGCCUACUGUUUUACCAUAAUGAUGGGGCUGAUGAGUUCUCAAUCUCACUGGAGAACGGAGGAGUUGUGAUGAAUUCUAAAGGGACCAAAGUGAAAUCACAAAAGAAAAACUACAACGAUGGAAGGCAACAUUUCGUUGUAGCCUCUGUUACCAGUAAAAAGUAUGAGCUUGUCGUUGAUGACAGCGAUAAACAAGAGAAGAAACAUUCCCCGAGCUCAGCUUCAUCCUCUGCCUACACACCACAGAGCUUCUACCUUGGGGGCUCUCCUACAAGCAAGAUUGUGAACUUCACCGGCUGCAUCAGCUAUGCAUACUUAAGCAGGCAUGACAGAGACAUUGAGGCAGAAGACUUCCAGAAGUACUCUGACAAAGUCCAAGCCUCCCUACAAGACUGCCCCAUGGAGAAGGCCCCUGCUGCUCUGCACCACAAAGCAGGCAAAAAUUCCUCUAAACCCAAACACGGAGCUUCCCGCAAGGUUAGCAGAGAUAAGUCCAGCCUCCCUCAGGGUCUCCUGGGCUUGAAGAGUGAACCCUUGGAGGCUCCACAGACAGAGGUCGUACCCUGUACCCUCUCCCAAAGGCCUCGGGCCACACGCCAUGCUCACCACUAUGGGGGAACAGCUAACAGCCGUCAGGAGUACAACAUCUCAGAGUCCAUCAAUCAAAGGUCUCACUUCACUCUGUCUCUGAAGACUCAGGCCAAUUUUGGUUUAAUCUUCUACGUGUCAGAUGAGACAGAAGACAACUUCAUGGCACUUUUCAUGAACCAGGGGAAGCUUAUGUACACCUUCAACGUGGGCCAGGAGAGAGUCAAGAUCAAAACCCAGGAGAAAUACAAUGACGGAGCUUGGCACAAUGUCAUUUUCACCCGAGAUGGCAACAUGGGCCGACUGAUAGUUGACGGUCUGACUGUUCUUGAUGACCGAGUCACAGGCAUCAACGCCUCAUGGCAUGUCAGUGGCUCUGCCUAUGUGGGAGGUGUACCUCCAGAAAAAGCCCAGAAGAAUAUACAGAGGAACUCUGCAUACAGCUUCACUGGCUGUGUGAGGAGUCUUCAGCUGAACGGACGGAGGCUGUCCUCAGCGUCCCGGAGCUUCGGGGUGGUUCCAUGCUUUGAGGGGCCCUCUGAGCCGGGGGCUUACUUCUCCGAGGAGGGCGGAUAUGUGGUUCUGGAUGACUCCUUCAGCCUGGGCCUGAAGUUUGAAGUGGUGGUGGAGGUGCGCCCCCGUGUGGCCAGCGGUGUGCUACUGCAUGCCUACACAACAGAGAAGGAGUACCUCUCUGUGUACAUCCAUAACAACCAGGUUGUGGUCUUGGUGAACAAUGGCAUCCGCGAGUUCUCCACUGUUGUAAUUCCCAGGUUGGGAAUGUGUGAUGGCAACUGGCACAGAAUUACAGUGAUUCGAGAUGCCAACGUUGUCCAGUUGGAUGUAGAUUCAGAGGUUAAUCAUGUGGUUGGCCCCCUCAACCCUGGAGCCCAAAUCUCCAGGACUCCUGUGUUUGUGGGAGGAGCUCCAUCAUCAAUGCUCCCACAAAGAGUUGCAAGCAGGAGAUCCUACACAGGCUGCAUCAGGAACCUGAGUGUGAACGAGACUCCCGUCAGCUUCCGCAAGGCAGCUCUGGUCAGUGGAGGGGUCGGCGUCAACUCCUGUCCUGCAGCCUAACAACAACUUCAUCACAACAAAAUCGUCCCAUAGCAACAAGAUGCUGAUAUUCAACAACAACAUGCUGAUUGUCAUGUUUGAAAGGUGUUUUGUAUUUAAUGCCAUUAUCAUUCUUGUGUCCUAAUGGGAGUGUCUGUUGUGUUGUCAGUAUGUUGCAUAAAAGACUUUUGUCCAAAACCGUCUUGCACUUGUGAGUCACUUAUGUUAUGAAAUCUAUAAACAGAAAUAUUUCACCACUGAAAAUACCACAACUGAUAUGACAAUCAAAUUAAGUUUCCUGAUCAAGGAUCAAGCAGUAAUAGGCCUACACUAACCCUUUUUUUUUAAACAAAUAUCACCCAGCUCAUAUCUAAUAGCAUAUUAUGCUGCAUAUCAUUUUAUGUAUUAACAAACUUUAUUUUCUUUGGAAUGAUACUUUUCUUUACUAUGGAAAUUUGGUUCUAAUAAAUCCUGCC